GUGCAUUUUUGUGGAGUUUACGCUCUACAAUGCUGCCAACGGGCAUUUCACAAAUGUUAUCAUCUUGUUUGAGUUCACCAAAUACGGAAGCAUUUAUCCGAGAGCUAACAUACAGACGGGUAGACAUUUUUUUGAAGACAUACACGGCAACCAAUGGCUCGAGCUGACUGAGGGAUUUAUGGUGAUACUUGUUGUUUUUUACACACUUGUACAAAUACGCAUUCUGUGGAAAGCAGGAUUCAAAAACUAUAUUCUUAACAUAUGGAAUUGUUUUGAGACAGCAACAAUUAUUCUGGCUGCACUCGUUGGUGUUUUCAUCUUCCUGAAACACUAUGAGUUUGCGGAGAUCAUGAAACAGUUUAACAGAUACGGCCACAGUCGUUUCUUGAACUUCCAUACCGUUUUCCAGAUGGAGACAUAUAUGCAAGUGUCUAUGUCCACGUUGUGUGGAAUUGCUAUUUUUAAAAUGUUACGAGUCAUUGCGAUCAGCCCAAGUAUAUCGAGGCCGCUCCGGACAUUAAAAAUCGCCCAAGAAGGAAUCAAGGGACUACUGCGCACGACAGUGAUAUUGUUACUUAUUAUGUCAAUCACUGCAUCACUGCUCUUUGGUAAAAUGUUGUAUUCAUAUAGGUCUUUUGAGGUUAGCAUGUUUAGUAUUCUUGUAGUCGUUAUGGGGCAAUUCAACUAUGAACCAUUGGUGGAGGUUCACAACUUUUUAUGGCAUAUAUUUGUAAUUUUAGUAACUGUUGGAACACACUAUAUCAUUGUUAAUUUGUUCUGUGUUUUAUUGAUUGAAGGUUAUGAGAUAACAAAAUAUAUGGCUUUUAGGGAGGAACGCGAGACUGUGAAGUACAUGUGGAAUACAAUACAAUUAUAUGCAGGAUUUGCCCCUAAUAACGCUAAGAAAAUUAAAGUGGUAUAG